AAAAAAAUUAUUUCAGGUUAUGUAUGCCUUUGUAAUGCGUCCUGAGAGUUUGCCCAAAUCCUAUCAAGACUUCAUUCAAAAGACUGGGCCAGUUGCAGCGCCCGUAUACAAGGCUGUAAGGGAUAGCUGUAGAGGUCAUCCAGUUGAUGUUGCUUCAUUGCAUACUUACUUAUCUCACAGAGGAAGAUCUGAGUAUGUAAAGUUGGAAGAGUUUCCCUCCAUCAUUCCUUGUUCCAUCAUUCAUCCAGGAACAAAGUCAUGUUUGGCACACGAAGUAAAUGCAACAUCAGCAACGUUUAAGAAAACCUUCCCACUUUACUUCUCUUUGACCUUUGUGCCAUUUGUUGUUCUGCGCCAACAGAAGUUUACUGAUGCUCCUUUCCGUACACUCUGGUUUGCCAUCAAAGGAUCUGUUCGGUCGACAGCCUUUUUGUCUGCUUUUGUUGGGAUCUUUCAGGGAGUCAUAUGUUUACAUAGAAAACUUGCUUCAAGAGAUCACAAGUUUGUAUAUUGGAUAGCAGGUGGAAUAUCUGCCCUUUCAGUGUUAUUGGAGAAAAAAGCAAGGCGUAGUGAGCUAGCUUUAUAUGUUCUUCCCCGGGCCGUAGAUUCAUUAUGGUAUAUCUUGGUGAACAGGCACCUGCUUCCGAUUGUAAAAAAUGCUGAGGUCUUCUUGUUUUCUCUCUGCAUGGGAGGGAUCAUGUAUUACUUGGAAUAUGAACCAGAAACCAUGGCCCCAUUUCUUAGGAGCCUCAUCCGGCGCUUCCUUGCGAGCAGAAUUAGCAAUCCAAGUCCACCGUCUAAUCCGACCGCUUCGUACUUACAAGCUCUUGAUGGAACAACGAAGCCAAAAUUACCCAGAAGGGACUCUGAAUCUUCUUCAGAGCAGUACAAUCUUGAAUCUAUUCCAGGGCUUUGAAAUGGUUACAAGUUCUUUAUUUUUGGACUAUAAAGUGAAGAGAUUCUGUAUUAAUUUCAACAUUGAUUCCGCAUUUUUUAUUGAUUCUCAAAUGAAGCUGCUCUCUCGAUGUGUGUGAUAUAUUAUCAAAUUUGAUUGAGUAGCUUCUUUUGGAACAAUAAAUAGGCCAUAAAAACUAGUAAAAUAAGCUCAUUGACAGAUUGAUUUGGUUUUUAUUGGAAAAAAAUCAUUUACAAUCCAAA